AAAGGGUUGAGGACAGCAAGGGAGUGUUACCUCAGAAACUAACAAAAUGAAGAAAGAUUCUACAAAUCUGAGAGUGCGGCUUCCUGCCCUUAUAUUUGCCCUGGAAGUCCUGAUUGUGGUCUUAUAUGCUUUCUUUGUGACUUAUGAUGAUCACAGCAAUGCAUUACUCCAGAACAAUAUGACAAAUCCUAAAGAGAAUGCCGUAUACCAAGACUAUCCCUUUUUUGCUGAUAUCCAGGUGAUGAUCUUCAUCGGAUUUGGCUGCCUUCUAUCCUUCUUUAGGCACUAUGGAUUUGGUGGAAUGGUUUUUAACUUCCUGACUGCCACAUUUUCUAUUCAAUGGGCCAUUUUGGUCCAGGGUUUUUUCCAUUUCUACUAUGAUGGGAAGAUUCAUCUGGGAGUGAUAAACCUGAUCAAUGCAGAGUUUGCUUGUGCUGUUGUACUGAUCUCAUUUGGGGCAGUGCUUGGAAAGACCAGUCCUGUGCAGCUAUUAAUUAUGGCCUUGUUGGAGGUUCCCAUCUUUGGUGUUGCAGAAUGGAUAGUUGUAAUGUACCUGAAGAUCAAUGAUGCUGGAGGUUCCAUUCUCAUACAUCUAUUUGCCUGUUACUUCGGUUUGGGUGUCACCUACAUGUUGUAUAGACCAGAUCUGAACAACGGCCAUCCCAAAGAGAUUACCAGCUAUAAUUCUGAUAUGCUUUCCGUGCUUGGUACACUGUUUCUUUGGGUAUUCUGGCCUUCCUUUAAUUGUGCCUUAACUCCGAGUGGGGAUGACCAGCAUCGUGCCAUUCUUCAUACUUUCAUAGGGCUGAGUGCUUCCACACUAACUGCCUUCGCCCUUUCUGCCAUGCUCAGCAAAAAUGGCAAGUACAACAUGGCUGAUGUGCAGAAUGUAACCCUGGCGGGUGGGGUCACUGUCGGUGCCUCGGUUGACAUGAUGAUCUCUCCUGUUGCCGCUUAUGUGCUAGGGAUGCUGGGAGGCAUGGCUUGCAUGCUGGGCUAUAAGUAUCUUAGCCCUUUCCUGGCACGAAGAUUGCAUGUGCAGGAUCAGUGUGGCAUCCACAAUCUCCAUGGCCUAACCGGGCUUAUCUCAAGUCUAGCUGCUAUUUGUGCCAUUCUCUUGGCCAGUGAGGAAACUUAUGGCCCCAGUCUCUACCAGACCUUUUCAUUUCGUGCACCCAUUGUUGGAGACCCUCGGUUGGAGGAACUCCAGAAACUGAUCCCAGGAUUGGAAGGAGGUCUUGGACGCACAGCACAAGAACAAGCCUUGUACCAAGUGGCUGCUCUGGGAAGUACUAUUGCAAUAGCCAUAGUGGGAGGUGUGCUGACUGGAUUCGUGCUCAAACUGCCAUAUCUGGCCAGUCCGAAUGAUGUGUCCUGCUUUGAUGAUGAGCCUUACUUUAACAUUCCUCCAGAUCAGACGUAUAUAGUUGAGAAUGAGAAAGACAUAUCACUACAACAAGUAAAUUAAGAAAGAUUUCAUGAUCUUUCAAUGAUAUCAAAACAUUUCAUUUUAAAUUAAGCACUUCUUUUAAUUCACUACAAUGUAAUAACAAUGGUAUGGUUCGGUAGAAAAUGUUUUUAAUUGUUGGUCCUUACCUUCUUGAAAUCGGAUCCUUAUUGAUUUACUAAAACAAGCUUAAAGUUAGAUUUAACAUCUCAACAUGCAAUAAUAUAAAUACCACAAUCUCUUACUUACUAUUAAUUAUUUAAAUAAUCAUUAAAAUAAUGAUUAUUUUCAUAAAAAUGUAAAUAAUAAUAAUAAUAAUAAUAAUAAUAAUAAUAAUAAUAAUA